UGGUAUCAAUUUCAAAUUGUCCAUCAAAACAAAACAACCAAACUUCAACAAAAUGUUCAAAUUCAUCGCUGUUUGCUUUUUCGCUAUCUUGGCUGUGGUUGCUGCUCAACCCGGUGUGGUUGCUCCUUUGGCCUAUAGCGCCGCUCCUUUGGCCUACUCUGCACCUUUGGCUUAUACCGCACCUGCAGCCGCUGUUGUGGGAAGUGCAGCCUAUGUUGCCCCCUAUGCCUCCAGCUACAAUGCCCAUCACAUUGCCCAUUCUGCUGCCUUCCCUGCCGCCUAUGCUGCUGCUCCAGUUGUACAUGCUGCUGCCCCCAUUGCUGCACCCUUUGCCGCUCCUUUGUUGUUGAAAAAGUAAACCAAAGAAUGUGAUUUUGAAUAAAAUGCUGUGAUUAUCUUCCGAUUUGAGAAA